AUGGCCCGUCUUGCAGCUGUGUGCGUCUUGGCGGCUGUCGCCUGCCUCCUGAACAGCAUGGCCUUCGUGCCAGCUCCGGAAAGCCGAGCCCGUGCCAUGGACACGGGAGCCAUGGCAGCGGCAGCUGGUGUCAUGGCUGUUGGCGCACCACAGAAUGCGGAAGCCUUCGUCUUCAAGGGCAAGGAGUACUUCGACGUCUUCUACGGCAUUGAACCAUUGGCAUGGGCCUUCUGUGGCUUCGUCAUCGUCUACUAUGGCGCUGUGCUGAAGAACGCCGCCACCAAGUACAACAUCCCCGUCGACAAGAACAGGUCACCCAAGGUGGGCGGCUUCCAGGGCAAGGAAAUCGAGAACAACGAGGACAUGGAGAAGUUUUACAAGCCCAGCUCUGUGUGCGUCUUGGCGGCUGUCGCCUGCCUCCUGAACAGCAUGGCCUUCGUGCCAGCUCCAGAAAGCCGAGCCCGUGCCAUGGACACAGGAGCCGUAGCAGCGGCAGCUGGUGUCAUGGCUGUUGGCGCACCACAGAAUGCGGAAGCCUUCGUCUUCAAGGGCAAGGAGUACUUCGACGUCUUCUACGGUAUCUGGGCUGCAUCAGGAUGGCGCUCAGAUUUUACGUUGGUCAUCGUCUACUAUGGCGCUGUGCUGAAGAACGCCGCCACCAAGUACAACAUCCCCGUCGACAAGAACAGGUCACCCAAGGUGGGCGGCUUCCAGGGCAAGGAAAUCGAGAACAAUGAGGACAUGGAGAAGUUUUACAAGCCCAGCUGA